AUGAGCAAGCCACUACCUCUCACCGAUCUUGACCUCUGGGUUCAUCCUAAUAGCAAGCGACAAAAAGACCAAGCCCUCUCGCUGCUAUCUCGGCUGCACAUAGUUACGAUUACCGCGCCGAGUCGAGAAGAACCCCAAGUCGUAUCUCUGACGAAAAACUUUCGGUCCGCUCUACAACUCGCGUUAACUGGAGGUGGUGACCAUCAAUCAUUCGGGGUACCUUCAAGCGAUGUGGUUGAAGAUGUUGACCUUGGUCUUCUCGAUGACUACGCGAGAACUCAGUGGGAGGGCAUUCUGCAUUAUGUCGUGAACAGCGUAGGAGACGGGAUGCGACACGAUUCGGGGGGACCUACAGAGGCAGUGAAGGACUUGCUACAGGCCGGGAACUUGGUCACAAAAGGAAGGCAUGCGAAUUCAGGAAUAACACAAGCUGGAUUCUCUUUUCUCUUGCAAGAAGUCAAUGCCCAAGUGUGGACACUCCUCUUACUUUGGAUUGAAAAUGCUGAGAAGAUGGAAAUGGACAACGUCGAUGUUCUUUCUUUUCUUUUUAUGCUUGGCUCUCUCGAACUCGGUCGUGCAUACAAUACUACCACUCUCACAGAAUCUCAACAACGAAUGCUUGGACAUCUAGUUGACUUCGGCCUUGUCUACAUCCCGCCCUCAACAUCUACCCAAUUCUUCCCUACAAGACUAGCUACAACACUCACAUCCGACGCCAGUGCCCUUCGUAGUGUAUCUGCCGGUUUCGAUGCUGCAACGAGCGCUGCAACGGGAACGAAGGGAUUUAUCAUCAUAGAAACGAAUUAUCGCCUCUACGCCUACACAUCUUCUCCUUUACAAAUUGCCGUUCUAUCUCUCUUCACCAAGCUCAGCACGCGCUAUCCCAACAUGGUUGCCGGACGUGUAACACGGGAUUCGAUCCGCCAAGCUAUCUCCCAGGGCAUCACAUCUGACCAAAUCAUUUCUUAUCUUUCUACGCAUGCUCAUCCACAAUUGCUGAAAGCAUCGGCUGCACAAGGAGGAGGGCCAGUGUUGCCUCCAACGGUUGUAGACCAGAUCAGAUUAUGGCAGAUUGAGAAUGAAAGAAUGAAAGCUACACCUGGAUUUCUGUUCAGGGAUUUUGAAAAUCAAAAGGAGUAUGAAGGUUGUUCGCGGUAUGCGGAUGAGAUCGGAGUGCUGAUCUGGAAAAAUGAUGCGAAGAGGAUGUUUUUCGUGACUAGGCACGAACAGCUGAGAGAUUACAUCAAGAGCCGAAAGGUGAAAUGA